CCCUCGCGCGCCCGUGUGUGGCGAGUGGUCGCCGCCGGUGUCGCGGCCCGCGCUCCGCCGAGUGCCCGCUCGCUCGGUAUAUAGCGGGCCGGGGCGCCGCCGCGGGGCCGCAGUCGGUCCGCAGUCGGCACUCUCGCGCCACCUGCCCCCGUGUGCCGCGGCACGCUGGCCCUCCUCCCGCGCACGCACUCGCUCUGACCGCUGUCAAUACUGCCACAUUCGACUCCACGCACUCCUUCUCGCUCAUCAUGAAGUCCUAUUACUUUUUCUUCCGCGAAGGCAGCAAGAUCAACCAGAUCCUGUGCGCGGUGCUCAUAAACCUGCCAGUGUUCGCGUACGGCGCCAGCAUCGGCUGGAUGUCGCCCAUGACCCUGCUGCUGCAGUCCCCGAACUCACCGCGAGACCCGCCCCUCACCGACGGAGAGGUGUCGUGGAUGGGUGCGGCCGCGUACCUCACGUGUGUGCCGGCAGACUACUUCAUGGCCUUCCUCGGAGACAGGGUCGGCAGGAAGCCGGCGCUUCUGUUCGUCUCCUCCGUUGCUGUCCUGUGCUGGGUGCUGAAGCUGUCGUCUAUGGAGACGUGGGCGCUGGUGCUGGCGCGCGCCCUCGUCGGCAUCACGAUGGCGGGCAGCUACGUGACCUGUCCGCUCUACACCAAAGAGAUCAGCGAGGACUCCGUGCGGGGUCUGCUCGGCAGCGUGGUGACAUUGUUCCACUGCGCGGGCAACCUGUUCCUGUACGUGGUGGGCGACGUGCUCCCGUACCGCGCCGUGCUGUGGCUGUGUCUGGCGCUGCCCACCCUCCACCUCGUGCUCUUCAUGGCCAUGCCGGAGUCUCCUUCCUACCUCAUUAAGCACGGGAAGCUAGAUGAGGCGGUGAGGGUGGUGGCGUGGCUGCGUUGCAGGAGGGAGGACGAUCCUCACGUCUUAAAUGAGGUUGAUCUCAUCAAAAACGAGCAGGAGAGGGACCAAGAGAGCAGCAAGUUCGUGCUCAAAGCUGUCGUGACGGACAGGCUGAUGAGCCGCGCGUUCCGCAUCGCGCUGGCGGUGGCACUGGCGCGCGAGGUGUGCGGCGCCAUCCCGGUGCUCAACUUCGCGGGCGAGAUCUUCACGCUGGCGGCGGGCGGAGCGCGGCCCCCGCUCUCCCCCAACCAGCAGGCCAUGGCGCUGGGCGCCGUGCAGGUCGCCGGCUCCGUGCUCGCCUCCAGCAUCGUCGAGAGGGCCGGCAGGAAGCCGCUGCUGCUGACGACGGCGCUGGUGUCGGGCGCCAGCAUGUGCGCGCUGGCCACGUGGUUCCUGUGUCGCCGGUGGGGCGCGGAGCUCCCCGCCUCGCUGCCGGUGCUCGCGCUCUGUCUCUGCAUCUUCUGUGACGCGGCAGGACUGCAGCCAGUCUCCGUCGUCAUCACGGGGGAAAUAUUCUCAUUCAAGUACCGCGGCACGGUGAUGGCGACCACCAUGGCGGCGUCCUCGUUCGCCGCCUUCCUGCAGAUGCUGUUCUUCAAGCCGGUCGCGAACGUGGUGGGACUCUAUGCGGCUUUCUACUUCUUCGGAGGCGUGUGCUUACUCACGGCACUCUAUGUGGUCCUGGUAGUUCCCGAAACAAAAAAAAGACGAAUUGACGAGAUCUACGAAGACUUGAAGACUAAAAAAGAGAUAUUAGAAGAGAAAAAAAAUGUAAUUGACAAGAAAUCUAUCCAGGAGUAGAAAUUCUAAUAAUUCUACAUUAUUAUUAUAACUAUCUAUAAAAUAAAUAAUUAAUAUAAAAAGUUUAUAAACAGUUUGUUACAUUUGAUAUAAAAGCUUUGAAACAAAA